UACCCUCCAACCCCCGCUCGAGCCAGCGACUGACACCGAAACACGAAACGCGACAACCGAAAACUCGUGCCCGAUACGCUACCAAAACGCGAUGGUUUUCUUCUGCUUUCUCGUGGACCAGAAGCGGAUGGUAAGGAGCAGCAAGCCGGCAGCCGGGAUCUGCUCCAGGUGCGGCGGCGGGGCGAGCGUCGCCGACAUGAAGACGGCGACCCGGUUCUGUUACGUUCCGUUCUACUGGCGAUCUUGGCGAGCCAUCAUCUGCACUUUCUGCGGUGCUGUUCUCAAAUCCUAUAGAUGAAGGAGAUCCGUUACAUUUCGUUUCGUAUCGGUUUUUUAUUUUUAUAUUCUUACUGUAAAUUUCGUAGGGGUUGAGAGUUUCGGGUUUCGUGUGUCUUUGGGGGAGAAUCGUGUCGGUGUAGUUUUUAAAGAUUUUUAUAGCCUGAGAAAAAAAUCGCAUAUAUGAAGCUUGUUUUUGUAA